UAUGACCCGGAAGUGAAGGGAGCGGACACGUCGAGUCCGAACCGACAUGCGCCUGAUUUCUGCUGGAUCCUGCGGCUCCGCGAUGAGCUGAGCACGGAGAGAAAAACACACCGAACCGGAUUGGGUUUCUUUAAGAUGAGAGAAAUCUGCCCGACGCCUGCAGAGAGGAGUGAAGCUUCGCUGGAGGAAAGCUAACCCACGAAUGGCCUGCCAGUCUGUCGCUGCAGUCAUGGACGAGCAGGCCCUGCUGGGGCUCAACCCGAACGCCGACGCCCGCUACAGGCAGAGGGCUAUGGCUUAUUUUGAGCAGCUGAAGGAAUCUCAGGACGCGUGGGAGGUUUGUGCCGAGGCGCUCGCUAAAGGGAUCUACAAUGACGACCAUGUGAAGUUCUUCUGCUUCCAGGUGCUGGAGCAUCAGAUAAAGUUCAGACACGCGUCUCUGAGCGUCGUCCAGCAGCAGCUGAUCAGGGAGACGCUGAUGAAGUGGCUGCAGAGUCAGCUGAUGAGCGCCCGUCCAGAGAAGCCCUUCAUCAGGAACAAGGCGGCUCAGGUCUUCGCCCUCGUCUUCAUCAUGGAGUAUCUGACCCUGUGGCCCAAGUUCUUCUUUGACAUCCUGUCCCUGGUGGGUCUGAACCCGCACGGGGUGGACAUCUACCUGAGGACGCUGAUGGCCAUUGACGCCGAGGUGGUGGACAGAGACAUCAUGCACUCUCCAGAGGAGACUCGGAGAAACACCCUGAUCAAAGACUCCAUGCGGGAGCAGUGCAUCCCCAGCCUGGUGGAGUCCUGGUUCCAGAUCCUGCAGACCUACCAGCUGUCCCACCCCGAGCUCACCUGCCAGUGCCUGGAGGUGGUGGGCGCCUUCGUGUCCUGGAUCGACCUGAACCUCAUCGCCAACGACCGGUUCGUGAAUCUGCUGCUCAGCCAAAUGUCCGUGGAGGAGCUCAGAGAGGAGGCCUGCGACUGCCUGUUUGAAAUCAUCAACAAAGGGAUGGACCCCGUGGACAAAACCAAGCUGGUGGAGUCUCUGUGCCAAGUGCUGCAGUCGGCCGGUUUCUUCAACGUGGAGCAGGAGGAGGACGUGGACUUCCUGGCCAAGUUCUCUCGGCUGGUGAACGGGAUGGGUCAGAGUCUGGUGCUGAGCUGGACCAAACUGGCCAAAGCUGGAAACGUGAAGGACGCGGCGGAGACGCUUCAGGCCGUCGAGUCCAAGGUCCCUCUGCUGCUGCAGCUGCUGGUGCACGAGGACGACGACAUCUCGGCCAACAUCGUGGGCUUCUGCUACGAGUACCUGCACGUGCUCAAACAGCUGCCUCAGCUCACCGACCAGCAGAAAGCAAACAUCGAGGCCGUCAUGCUCGCCGUCAUGAAGAAACUCACGUACGACGACGAGUACAACUUUGAGAACGAGGGCGAGGACGAGGCCAUGUUUGUCGAGUACAGGAAGCAGCUGAAGAUGCUGCUGGACCGACUGGCUCAGGUUUCUCCUGAGCUGCUGCUGGAGGCCGUUCGCAGAGUUUUCACCAACACAAUGCAGAACUGGCAGAGCGCUGCCUUCAUGGAGGUGGAGGUUGCCAUCCGGCUGCUCUACAUGUUGGGUGAAGCUCUGCCGGCGUCUCACGGCGCCCACUUCACCGGGGACACGGCGAAGACCAGCGCCCUGCAGGACAUGAUGAGGACGCUGGUUUCCUGCGGCGUGAGCAGCUACCAGCACUCGUCCGUGUCCCUCGAGUUCUUUGAGACGGUCGUCAGAUACGACAAAUACUUCCUGGUGGAGCCUCAGCACAUCCCCAACGUCCUGAUGGCCUUCGUGGACCACAGAGGACUGAGGCACAGCAGCCCUAAGGUCCGUAGCAGAGUAGCCUACCUCUUCUCCAGGUUCAUCAAGACGCUGCACAAACACAUGAACUCCUUCAUCGAGGACAUCCUGACCAGGAUCCAGGACCUCCUGGAACUAGCUCCCCCCGAGAACGGUUUCCCGGCUCUGUUGACCAGCGACGACCAGCUGUUCAUGUUCGAGGCGGCCGGGGUCCUGAUUGUGAACGGGGACAGUCCCGUGGAGAGGAAGCAGGCGCUGAUGCGGAGCCUGUUGACCCCCCUGAUGGACGCUUUCCGCCUGCUGCUGGACAAACUGCCCCAGGAGACGGAGGACGAGCGUCAGACGGCGCUGGCCGACUGCCUGAGCCACGCCGUGGGAUUCGCCAGCCGGACCAGCAAGGCGUUCAGCAACAAGCAGACGGUGAAGCAGUGCGGCUGCACCGAGGUCUACAUGGACUGUCUGCAGACCUUCCUGCCCGCGCUGAGCUGCCCCGUCCAGCGGGGGGUGCUGCGCAGCUCGGUGCGCUCCUUCCUGCACCGCAUGAUCAUCUGCCUGGAGGAGGAGGUGCUGCCCUUCGUCCCCGCCGCCUCCGAGCACAUGCUGAAGGACUGCGAGGCCCGAGACCUGCAGGAGUUCAUCCCCCUCAUCAGCCAGAUCACGGCCAAGUUCAAGCGGCAGGUGUCCCCCUUCCUGCAGCAGGUCUUCAUGCCGCUGGUCCUCGCCAUCUUCGAGGUGCUGGCGCGGCCGGCGGAGGACAACGACCAGACGGCCGCUCUGGAGAAGCAGAUGCUGAGGAGGAGCUACUUCAGCUUCAUCCAGACCAUCACGGGCAGCGGCAUGAACGAGGUCAUGGCCAAUCAGGGGGCGGAGAACAUGGAGCGGGUGGUGUUCACCAUCAUCCAGGGAGCCGUGGACUUUCCCGACCCCAUCGCUCAGAAGACCUGCUUCAUCAUCCUGUCCAAGCUGGUGGAGCUCUGGGGAGGAAAAGACGGCAUGGUGGGCUUCCCCGACUUCAUCUACAAGCACAUCGUCCCGGCCUGUUUCCUGGCGCCGCUCAAACCCACCUUCGACCUGUCGGACGCUCAGACCGUCCUGACGCUGUCGGAGUGCGCGCUCACCCUGAAAAUGAUUCAUCUCAAACGGGGGCCGGAGUUCAUCCAGUUCCUGCAGCAGGAAUAUCUGCCCUCACUGCAGGUCUCACCUGAGAUCGCACAGGAGCUUUGUCAGGUUCUUCAACAGCCUGACGUCAAAGUCCUGAAGAGCUACAUUAAGGCGUUUUUCCAGCGGGCGAAGCUGUAGGACAGACACUGGACGCUGGACACUGGACGCUGGCUGGACUGGAAGGACUCUGUAAGGACAUGGGACUUAGCAUAGCAGCUGCUUUGGCACUUAAAUAAAGUUAAAUGCGAAACAAAGCCCGGUGAAGAACCUCCGGCCUCCGACCACACGACCUGAGACGAGCUGUCCCAGAGACGAGCUCCACUUCUGACCAGAAAACACGAGAAGAAGAAGAAGACGAGGUCGGAUCUGCAGGAGGACGCGACGCGACGGGACACGUUUGGUAAAGUCUGGGUUUGGAUCCAUGAACUGAAGCUUUAUCCUGGUCCAACAUUUACUGUUUGCUGCCACAGAGGACGAGAAUAAAGGGCUGAAGUGAUUAUUAUUAUUUCUUUUAUUUAAAAUGUGGCAUUGAAUCGUUUCUUUUUUAUGUGUUGAGGAAGUUUGGUUUUAGGUUUGAAGUGUCGCCGCCGCCGCCUCCAGAUUCACAUUCGGGAAAAGUUCAGUUUCUUUUUAAUUUCAGAUGGAAAUGAACUGAAAGUGGAGGAACAAAGUGUAAAUAAGAGAAUAAGAUGUUAGAAAAACACCCGACAAAUGUAAAUAAGUUCCUUGGUUUAGUUUUUUUUAAUUCAUCCCAUCUGGAAGUUGAGUCAGGAGCCCAUUUAUGCCGUGAGGAAAAAAAUGAAAACCUAAAAAUAAAAGUCUGCAUUUACAGUCGUCACUCAGACGUUUUUAAUUGAGUUUUGCAUUGAACAUUUUUUGUAUUUCGACACUUAAAGGUUUGACAUUUAUGACUGAAAAAAGGAUUUUUUUUAUUUAUUGAAAUUGUCUCGGUAUUAAUCUGUUUUUAUUUUUUACUAUAAUGUGACUGAGCUAUGUUAUAGAUUUCAGAUUCUGUUUCAUCUCCCAAUUUUGACGAGAAUGCGAUUUUUCUGGGCAUCGAUGGGCUUCAGUGAACACGUGAUCUCAUUCACAGGAUUAAUUCAUGUUCAGCCUGAUCCUGUAAACACAUGAAUUUUCCCGUGAACAGACGCAGCUUCAUUGAUUCAGUGCGACCGACGGUUUGAUUAUGCAAACGCUUUGACGCGCGUGAUACUGUGAACGAGAAAAAAAAAAGAGUCAAUCAGUUUUCAGAUGCUUUUCAUCUUUAAACACGUUUUGUUUUAUCCAGAAAAUAUUUUCAGGUCGUUUCUCAUAAUUUGGUUCGUUUGCCUUCAGUUAAAUUUCGUUGCCUUUGACAGAAACUCCGGAGGAAGUGCCUGAAUUUGUUGCUUUCAAUUCACAAAACUUCAAACGGGCGCAUGACGUGAAAUAUUCUGUCAAGAAAUAAACAGUGAAAAUCUCUCAGUACUUUUUGUGGCUCUUAAACUCAAAUUAAUUCCUGAUGAACUUGACGUAAAUGUUCAAAACAACAAAACGUAUUUUCAUUUCUUAAAGUGGUUCAGAAAAUUACUUAAUUUAGCUUUUUUUCAAUGGAUUAACACACGUUUGGAUUUAGUCGGACAUGUUGUUUAAUGUUAGCGUUGAUUGUUAGCCUCAUAGCAUAGUUGCCUAAGUCAUAUUUGAACGUUUAUCAGCACGGCGGCAUUUUUAUUGGUAUUUUAUCAGUAAGUCAAAAAAAUGACUCGGGCAGUUAUGCUAUAGGCUAACGGUACUAGCUAAUGUGCUAAAGUUAGCUUGAUAUGUCUUAAAAGAGCUAGUUUACCCCCGUAAAAGACAAAAAUGUUUAGCCUAGCUUAGCACAACCACUGCAGUUUCAACACAUUUAGCACAAUUCAUUUUAUCAUUAUCAAUAUUAGCUUAGCUUAACACAAAACCAUCAAAAAGAAAAGAAGGAACUGCUACCUCGGUCUCACUGAUCUGUAUGUUGUAUCUUAGCUAUCAAUGCUAACUGGCUAAAACCACCAGUUUUCCAUAAAACAUAGAAAAUGGAAAUUAAAAUUUGUUGCUACCGCGUUUCCGCUGCUUUGCCUUAACAAGUGUAGCAACAAAAACAAGCUAACAACGGUCUGUGUGUUCACGUUAGCUUAGCAUAAACGGUCUGUACAUUCAUGUUAGCUUAGCAUAAACGGUCUGUACAUUCACGUUAGCUUAGCAUAAACAGUCUGUCCAAAGUUUAAGGAAAUGACACAAAUCUGAUUCUUCACACUGUAAAUCGCUGGAUGACAGUGGUGUGAGCUAUGCUAUGCUAGGCUAUGCUAUGCUAUGCUAUGCUAGGAUAACCAUAUUUAACGCAGACCAAACACUGACGCUGUGUUUAGUUUUGGCCCCGUUAGGCCUCCGUACACGGUCACAACACUAAACCGUCUGAACCCACAUCGACUCAUUUCACCUUCUGUGUUUGUGUUCGUAGAAAUGUCGACACGUUACAAGUUCAUCCUCAUGUUUACAAAGAAAUCCACUAAAACUGAACCAAGUGUUUUUAUUCACGUUAAAAUAAAAAUGAUCAUCGGACUUUAAAUAUUCAGAGAACUGAGAAGUUGCCAAAUGAAAAAAUUAGUUCAUUUAUGGUGAAACUUUUUGUUUUUGAUGAAUCUUCUGUUAGAACCAAUAAAGUGUUUCACUAA